GCCGGUGUCCGCCGAGCUGAGAGUGAAACAAAGACAAAGAGAAGGAGAAAGCGAGAGGAGAGGCGGACGCGAGACGGGACUAGCGCCACUCCAUUCCACUUCCCUCCCUCGCUUGCCUUCCUUCCUUCCUUCCUAUCAUAGCAUUCCCAGAUAGACAGAUAGAAACCCCCGAUUCUGAUCGCCGGGAUGAGGUUCUGACCCCCGAUUCGGUCCGUCGAUUGUGAUUUCCCCUCGAUUUGGUGCGGGAUUAGCGGCCGGAAUUAAUCGCCAUGACUGCGUCGUCGCCGAUGGUGCUGUCCCUCCUGCUCUUCGCCUCGCUCACGGCGCUGCUCGUCCUGGCCCCUCGCGCGUCGUCGCCGCCGCUGCCGCUGCCGCUGCCCGUGGUGGUUGGGGACGAGGAGGCGCCGCCCGCCGCCGGGGGUGGUGCUGCGGGGAGCAGCGGCGGUGGGGCGGGAGUUGAGGAGGGACCGGAGGACCUCGCGCUGUCCCGGCGCGUGACGCUCGACGCCAGCGAGGGCGCGGCGGUAGCGUCCAAGGUGGCGUUCAUGUUCCUGACCAACUCCGACCUCACCUUCGCGCCGCUUUGGGAGCGCUUCUUCGCGGGGCACGCUGACCGGUUCAACGUCUACGUGCACGCAGACCCGGCGGUGCGGCUGCGGCUCCCCCCUACGCCUUCCUUCCGGGGCCGCUUCGUCGCGGCUAAGCCGACGCGGCGCGGGGACCCGAGCCUCAUCGCUGCGGCGCGGCGCCUGCUUGUCGCCGCGCUACUCGACGACCCGGCCAACGCCUACUUCGCGCUGCUCUCGCAGCACUGCGUCCCGCUCCACUCCUUCCCGCGUCUCUACGAGGCGCUCUUCCCGCCCAAGGCCGCGCACCACCACCGCCUCCCGAGCUAUAUCGAGGUGCUCGCCGGCGAGCCCCAGAUGCCCGCGCGCUACGUGGCGCGCGGUGACGACGCCAUGCUCCCGGAGGUGCCCUUCGACCGGUUCCGCAUCGGCUCCCAGUUCUUCACGCUGGCCCGGCGCCACGCCGUGCUAGUCGUCCGCGAGCGCCGUCUCUGGCGAAAGUUUAGGGAGCCGUGCCUGCCGGAGUCGCAGGACUCGUGCUACCCGGAGGAGCACUAUUUCCCGACGCUUCUCGACAUGGCCGACCCCGCCGGCUGCACCCGGUACACGCUCACGCGCGUCAACUGGACCGACAGCUUCGAGGGCCACCCGCACACGUAUGCCGCGCCAGAGGUGUCGCCGCGGCUUAUCGCCGAGCUGCGCCAGUCCAACAGCUCCACCUAUGAGCACAUGUUCGCGCGCAAGUUCGCGCCCGACUGCCUUGGCCCGCUCAUGGCCAUCGCCGACACCGUCAUCUUCAAAGAUUGAUCGAUGCGGUGCUCUGCAUCAUAGCUACACGUAGGAGGUCUAUCCGUUAGAGUUGCGCGUGCGAGAAGACGAAAGCAGUGUCGUUCUUCUCCGUCGAAUCUUCACACGGUUCAGACUGGUGCUUUCCCUCCGUGCCCUCCCCCGUUCUUCUCCUCCUGGUACUUUUAAGUAGACUUAAGUGGCAACAACCUAAUGCAAAGCGGCAGGUGUUGCAUCUGAUGGCCAGUCCAUCCAUCCACUGUAUUUUUCCUACCUCGUGCGGCUGCCUAAGGCUGCUGUUCUGUUGAAAUGCGUAAAGGGUUGGAUUGUGGCGGUGUUCUGUUCAGCUGAAACCGAAAAGGAACUUUACAUAAGCAAGGAAUGAUAAUCAUUCUGCAUACUAGUUUUCGUAGCACUA